CCGCCUCGUCAGCGGAGCCAUGUUCGGGGGGCUUUCCCGGGUCUUCGACGACGACCCCUUCUUCCGGGAUUCUUUUGCUGCACAUCAUGAGCAUAUGCAUCGUAUCUUUUCUGAACCAUUUGGUCCAAGUCCAUAUUUUGCUAUUAAAGAUGAUGGUGAAAGAACUCUAGAUCAAAGAGGACGUCCUGAUUCUCGGGUUGCUUUGAGGGACAAUCACAAGGCGAUGAGCUGCUUCCGUUUGCCCUUUGGCAGUUUUGGUGGCAUGGCAACAAGUUUUCCGCUUAUGCUUUUUGGCAGCAUGGCUAUGGAAUUCCCUUUUAUGCCUUUUGGCUGUUUUGGUGGCAUGAACAUGGAUUUUAGGGAUCCCUUUUCUGCAAUGGACAGAAUGAUGUCAAACAUGAGAAACAGUAUGGUGGAACUACAGAGAAAUUUUGAUAAAAUGUCUCUUGAUCCAAAUGGACACUCAUUUGCUUCUUCCUCCGUGAUGACAUAUUCCAAGAAGGGUGAUGAACCACCAAAGGUUUUCCAGGCUUCUGCUCAGACACGCAUGGCUCCAGGAGGGAUCAAAGAAACCAGAAGGGCAGUCAAAGAUUCUGAAAGUGGACUGGAAAAAAUGGCUAUUGGCCACCACAUUAAAGCUCGCGGUCAUGUUGUUCAGAAGGCCAAGAACAGCAAAACUGGUGAUGAAGAAUUAAAUCAAGAAUUUAUCAAUUUAGAUGAAGCUGAAGCUCAUGCAUUUGAUGAAGAAUGGCAGAAGGAGAUCAGGCGGUUCAAGCCCUCUGCAACAAGAAACAGUAUAGAUGCUCCAAGACACAGAGGUAUCCAUCAUGUAAGCAGGGAAGAUGGAGCAAGAAGGGAGAAGACUCUUCCAAGAGUAUCCGUCGAGGGACCUAGAAGGCCUAAAUCUUCUGUGGAGAAGCUGAAUAUUAAGGGGUCGAAUGUUCCUCUCAAAAGCAGCAAAAAAUAAACAGCUGCGUUGCGUUUCAUAUUAAUCUAGCUGUUUUAGGGAGGACCCAAUGAUUCUGGAUCAAUGAAUAAGACCAAGCUCUCUGUUUUUAGCAGUAGUGAAUUUUGCUCUUUGACUGCUGAAUGUUCCUGAGCACUCCCAGCUAGUUGGUAACAUUUGGUUUCAAGCAGUAAAAAAACAUUGAUACUGAAAAGC